AAUAAUUAUUUCGGUAAUCGAUAUUCUAACGACACAUGGGGAGCAAAUGCUGCCAAUGAGGAGGAGGAGGUUGUGUCUGGAGUCCCUGUUGAUCAAAAAACACAGUUGUCAGACUUGAACAAGACUCCCACUCCACCUGUUGAUGAACCAAAUUACCCGGCACAUCAAGUGUAUCAAGAUUACGGAUACGGGUAUGAAUCUCCGUACGUGCAACAAAGUGGAUACGGUGCUGAGAAUGCACCUGUUGAUGUACCAUAUUACCUAUUACCUGACGCAGCAAUCGUAUCCGGGUUACGAGGUAUACGGGGAUGAAGGUGGAUACGGAAGUUACAGUGGAUACGGCGGUGAAGGUGGAUACGGGGGUGAAGGUGGCUGCAGUAGAUACGGGGGUGAAGGUGGAUACAUUGGAUACGAUAGAUAUGGGGGUAAAGGUGGUUACAGUGGAUACGGGGGUGAAGGUGGAUACAGUGGAUACGGAGGCUACGGUGGAUACGAAGAACAUGGUGGAUAUGGUUAUGAGUCCCGUAACACAUCACAUUAUGAACCAUCUACCCCGGGCAAUCCGUUUCAAAUAAAUGAGCGUUUCAUGUCUCUAACUGAUUUGAAGAAUUGGGUACAAGAAACGGGAAAGGAGUAUGGUUACGUAAUUGUUACCCGCCGAUCAAAAAAUAUUGGCGGUACUACUGGGAUGGUAUGGCUUGUGUGCGACCGUAGUGGUGAGGACCGUAGUUAA